AUGGCACCAGCUGUGCGCGCCGAGGUGGCACUUGUCUCCCUCAAGAACUGUCUGGUCAAUCUUCCCCCGGGACUGAUAGCACUAAUUAGCAAUACAAAUAUUCCAGCUCAAAACAUCGUGGUGGAAUUGCAGUAUCGGUCACAAACGCUCUCAACAGGCGCCGUCUCAAGCGGGAACUCCUCUGGGUUUCAGCGAUCUGCUUAUGUCGGAUGGACUGGAAUGCCCAGCCGGACUCGGCCCUCCUCCGUCAUCAGCAAUGAUCGAGCUCGCUCAGGACGUGAGCAAGAGACCCAAAUUGUCGAAAUUGAUGCUACUUUUGCCAAAUUAUUAGGUCUUUCCGAGGGCUCAAAGAUUGGCAUUUUGAUCCAUCUUGAUCCUCCUGUCGCGCACAGCAUCAACAUUGAACCCCUGACCCCAGCAGACUGGGAGGUGAUUGAAUUGCAUGCCACAUUCUUAGAGCUCAAUCUGCUUUCUCAGAUUCGUGCGCUUCCAAACCCAGCCUACAACAACAAUGCUUCGACCCAAGCUGAGACUACGCACCCUUUAACGCUACAUUUAUCUCCGACUUCAACCGCCAAUAUUAUCGUCACUUCUUUGGUGCCACCCAUCCCGAGCACAUCACCCUUCGCCAAGAUUGCUCCAGACGCAGAAGUCAUUGUAGCUCCGAAAACUCGACCUAAAAAUAGUCGAUCCACAAGGGGUGACGCCAGGAGCACAGCUAGUCGACGCAGUGGUAAAAGUGGAACGAGCAAUGCUCGUGGACCUAAUUCCCGAAGAGCACUUGCACGCUCUGCGAUUUUUGCCAGAGCAUUUAACCGCCACUCCGCGAAUGCUUUUUAUGAUGACGCAUCAGAUGACUCUGAAAGCGAUAAAAUCUGCGUCUGGGUAAGCCAAGAAGUCAUCGAGUCAAGCAGUUUGAGAGCUACGGCGUGGGCGAGUGUAGCAAUAGUAAGACCGUCGGGCCUCAGGGCACAAUUGGACUCUACACAGGUCAAUCAGCUCAAAGAAGAAGAGAAUAGCGAAGUUGGAAGGCCUUCAGCAAAGAUUGUGGCCCAGAUACUUCCAUGGGCCAAUCCGCUGGACAAUCAACAUGUCGUAUUAUCGUCAGCUCUGUGCAAUAUGCUUGGAGUUGAUGGCCUGGUCGGAGUUAUCGUACGGAUUGAAACAGCUUCGCCGCCACUGCCUAGAUACUCUGUCAAGAAGUUCUCAUUCUAUCCAUUCUUGCCGCGCAAUAGCAAAAAGAAGGAAGGGUUGAAAUUUGGGGGAGACUCCAAGGCAGCAAAACAAGCGAUGGCAGAUAGGCUGAGACUGACCUUUGCCGCCGAUAACAGUCUACUCUCUGGGCCGAUAACGGAUGGUAUGGUGCUACCACCCACUGGGGAUCCUUUGUCUGCUGCCUCAUUCGAUGGCGGCAUUUUGCGCUUCCGCCGACCCGCCGAGCAAGGAGAUGGUUCUAGUGAGUCUCUCUUGUGGGUUCUUGGGCAGGAACAAGACCGUGAGUUCGACAUUAAAGAUGAAAUCCCUAGACCUCUCGAGUUUACGACUCUAUUUCCUGGCUUUGCCCAUAAUGUCUCAGCUACAACUUCAAUCCUUGUGGGUGUGGACAGUGUUUUAAAGCAGUGCAUGUCCAAUCUCACUUUGUGUUCCUCAGUGCUUCUGACUGGAGGAGUGGGCUCGGGGAAAACAUCUCUCGCUCAAUCUAUUGCUCAACGUCUUCGAGAAGAUUAUGUUUUCAAUGUAACAUACUUUUCGUGCCAAAAGUUGGUCACGGACGAGAUCCGUGUGUCAACGAUCAAGGAGACGCUAACCAGGAUCUUCAUGUCAGCGUCUUGGUGUGCAAGAUUGGGUGGUCAGUCAGUUGUCAUCCUUGAUGAUCUUGACAAAAUUUGUCCUGUUGAGACCGAGUUACAGGUUGGAAACGAUAACGGCCGUAGUCGACAGAUCACUGAGCUUCUCUGCGCCAUUGUUCGACAAUAUUGCAGUAUCCAUUCAGGUGUGGCUUUAUUGGCAACGGCUCAGUCGAAAGACGCCCUGAAUUCAAUUAUAAUAAGCGGACAUGUUGUUGGAGAUAUCAUUGCUAUCAAAGCUCCGGCCAAGGAUAUUCGUCGUGAUAUCCUCGACUCGCUCACUAAAGAUGGUUCAACGCAGAAAACGAACGGCCAUGCAAGAACUGAUAGUGACACAACGAGCAUGUCGGAGAAUUCUUGGAUGGACCCCACCAACCUCUCCUCGAGGCCUAGGUCAUCGUCGUCAGCUCGAAUUGAGGGGUUCCGCUUGUCACCAAGUCUUGAUCUGCUCGAUAUCGCUGGUAAGACCGACGGAUACAUGCCUGCAGAUCUCGUCCUACUCGUUUCUCGUGCAAGGAAUGAGACCCUUACCCGAAUUCUGUCUGAGAAUGAUGCGUCAGAUGCUGCUCCUAUACUUACUAAGGUUGAUUUCGAAGCCGCCUUGAAAAAUUUCACACCAUCAUCCUUACGCAACGUGACCUUGACACACUCAAGCACCACUUUUGCAGCGGUUGGAGGACUGCAAGAAACUCGAAACACCCUCCUUGAGACGCUCCUAUACCCUACUAAGUAUGCACCUAUCUUCGCGCGGUCUCCCCUUCGCCUCCGCUCAGGCCUCCUUCUCUACGGCUUCCCCGGGUGCGGAAAGACGCUACUCGCCUCUGCAGUCGCGGGAGAAUGCGGCCUCAACUUCAUCUCCGUCAAGGGACCCGAAAUCCUUAACAAAUACAUCGGCGCCUCGGAGAAAUCCGUGCGAGAUCUCUUCGAACGUGCACAAGCUGCCAAACCAUGUGUUCUGUUUUUCGACGAAUUCGACAGUAUCGCCCCUAAAAGAGGGCACGAUAGUACAGGCGUCACCGACCGAGUGGUCAAUCAAAUGCUGACACAGAUGGACGGCGCCGAGGGUCUGGACGGCGUCUACGUUCUAGCCGCCACGUCUCGACCGGAUCUCAUCGACCCAGCGCUCCUACGUCCAGGCCGAUUGGACAAAUCACUGCUUUGUGACAUGCCCAACAUGGACGACCGCGUGGACAUCCUGCGUGCCGUAAGCACAAAACUCGAUCUAUCACCAGAAGUAGAGAACAAAAUCCUCAGCGUGGCCCAUCGUACCGAAGGCUUCAGCGGUGCCGACCUCCAAGCAUUAAUGUACAAUGCCCACCUAGAAGCGAUCCACGAUCUCCUUGGCGACAUCAAGACCGCCGAGAAGGGCAAGAACAACCUCUCCAACGGCACGAAAGAGGCGGCCGCUGAUGCCAGCGGAUCUGCAACUCGUCGGCGCAAGCGACCCGGCAGCGACAAAACCGACUUCAUUCAGUUCCUCUACUCACCGGAAGAGGAUGUGCGCGCGAAGAAGACACUAACCACUUCCGCGACAGACUCCAAGGCCGCCAUCGCAGCCAAGAUCGACGAGCUGAAGCUCGUGCGCAAGCGCCAAAAAGGAGCGUUGCGCGCAGGUAACAUGAGCGAGGACAUUGCGGCUCGGAAAGCUAACGCCAGCGAUGAAAAUGGGAAUGGAAAAGAAGAGGUCCUUAUUGAAUGGAAGCACAUGGAGAAAUCUUUGACCAAUACGAGAAGCUCGAUCAGUGGUGAUGAAAGGAAGCGCUUGGCGGCUAUUUAUCGCGAGUUCGUUGUCGGCAGGAACGGUGAGAUGCCGAAUGGUGAUGGCGGGAGGGAGAUUGGCGGGAGGACUAGUUUGAUGUAA